AUGCAAAAACAGAAAAGUAGUAAGCAUACUCCUGGUCUCAAUCUGGGGGUUAAUCCUAUUGGAAGCUAUGGUUCAAAUGAGGAGAUUCCAUUGCCAUUGCCAAGCAAAAACUCGACGCGUGGUAAAAAAAUUAUUUCAACCCUCUUGCGUGAGGGUGAGGCUUUGACGUCGAAAACUCAAUUCAAUUUUCGUCCCACCGAGAAUGAUCCGGCGGUGGGUAGAAAGCAAUCGAGUUUACACCGUGCCCCCACGGUUGUCAAAUAUGAGGCGCGUAACCUUUCUUCGGUGAACAAAGGUGAAUUUGAAAGUAAACUCUUGGGAUCUCCAAAUGUUGGUUCCGCCGAUCCGAUGAAUUGCGCCGCUUUGUUUGAUAAACAAUAUUUGCUUCUUGGAAAUGACACUGGCUUGUUCGUGAUGGAUUUCUCGGUCCGUUGGGAGAUAAUGAAACCGAAACAACUUUUACGUGGAUGCCCGUUUAAAAAGUUACAAAUACUUGAUGACUAUGGAGUGAUGAUUGCCAUCGCUGGAAAAAGACAAACGAUGCGAGUGUACAAGCUGAAAUCCUUGAUGCACUUGAUAAAAUUUGUCAUCAACUCGAAAUCAGGAACACCAAUCGACUUCUCAAAGGUGCCGCCAUUCUUAAGAAAGGUAACAGAUUCUUUGCCGAAAUGUGAGAUAUGCGGUCGUUAUUUGGACAAAGUUCGCGGGGGAGAUCGAAAAAAUGAUAAUGUAAUUUGUUCAAACUGUAAGUACACUCAAGAUGGUUCGGAUUCCAACACAGAUGAAUCCAAUGUAUCACAAUCGUCCUCAUCUGCUUCUUCAGGAAAAUUUCAUCGUCGGCAGUUGUCGAGUAUCUCUUUACAUAUUUCGGAUUUCAUUCAGCAACAUCUAUCCAACUCAAUUGAUGACAUUGACAUCGGCGCCGAUGAGAGAAUCAAUGUCUGGACGUGGGCGACAGAUUACAUAAAGCUAACGGAAGCUGCUAAAGGUUGCGUGGCAUUCGACAUCAAAGAGACGAAGAGUUAUGUCUAUCUAACGGUGGUCACAAUCAACCAUUCAAUACUUUUAUUCUCAUGUUCAACGGAAUCGAUGUACAAAGCAGAUUGUAAAUUUGAAUAUUUGGAUUCCUACUUUGUACCAACGACACCAAGCUUCAUUAGCGUCUUUACGGAUUCAUUUACCAUCAAACAAAUAAUUGCCGGAAUGGAUCAACGAGCGGUAGUCAUCGAUUGUUAUACAAGCACGGUCAUUGAACUCGAUAUGAAUAAGGACUUGAUUCCACGUGAUGUAGAUUCACCAUGUUGGAUCAGUUUUACGCCGAUUCCGCGUUCUUGUUCCUUGGAUUUUCUUUUUGAUAAUCCCGUAAAAUUCGAAUCUAAGAAACACAUCAUCUCUUUAACACCAGAGGUGUCUCAGACGUCGGCAUCACAGGAAAGUUCAUCAAGUCUGAAAUUACCACCAACACCUCUCACUGUAUCAAAUACAUUAAAAAGAUCAUUACACAGUAAAGUGGAAAAAAGACGCUCGCGAAGCCAACCUUCGGAUGUCACCUCCGCAAGCAGUCAACCUUUGCAACCUCCGCCAACCGACGAAUCAAAUCAAACGACAUCAGAGAAGAAUGUGCCAGACGAUGAAUCACGGCAUGCGAGUACAAUAUCGACACCUAAACUUACAAUCCCACCGGAAAUUUUCGCAAGUGAUGAAUCUAUAGACGACUUGUUAGAGUACAUUACGUCACCACCACCUUCCCCAAUGAAAAAUGCGUCCGAUGAUAAUUUUCCGAAAACACAUGCGACCUCAGCAUCUCAAAGCACGGCUGAAACAUAUUUGUCAGGAAAUUUGGUUGACCUGGUCAAAGCUACGAAGGACAUAUUCAUCUGUACUAUUUCCAAGGCAUCACACAUUGUCAAUAUGCACGCAGAGCCUUAUCCCUUUUCUCCACCUAUACAUUGGAAAUCGGAGCCCAAUCAAAUUUCACUUUUGCCAACUAUUGAUGAUAUUUUUGUCAUAGCGUUUCAAAAUCAAAUGAUCGAGGUAGGAUCAAUGAAAACAGGUCAAAUUGUUAAAACAGUGUCGAGCGGCUCCCCUGUGAAAUACUUGGGAGAAUCAUGGAGAAAACCUAUUCCUCUGAGGGGACGUUAUGAAUCAAAGAAAGAGAGAGAGAAAUUUGACAAGGGAAUAAAGAGAUACAUAUUUUGGUCUUGUGAAUUGGGAGAUGAUACCUACAUAUAUCGCGGUGGAGUUCUUUAA